AGGGUUUAGCAGUUUGGAACAGAGCCGGUGUUGAAACAGGAAGUGCGGCGAGAGCUGUACUGUUUGUUUGACGGUUGAGAGUUUACCGGAAGCUGCUGUAACGAGCGCGAGCUGCAGAUGAGUGUUAGCCAUGCAUUUAAGCGCUGACAGUUGAUUAGCCGCAGUGAGGUGUGGAGCAGAUCCCAGUGUACAGUGUAUUCUGCUGAUUUCACAGUCAGCAUGGGAGCGGAGAGCAGUGGGUUGAGGGGCUGUGUGCUGGAAGAACCGUCAGUGACACUGCCUUCAGGCCUCAACAUGUUCUCCGCUGUACUGCAGGAUGGAAAACCAGCCUCGGUCUUCGUCUACAAGCAGGGCAAUGACGACAAAGUGAACAAAGCCGCCAAGCACCUGAAGACUCUGAGACACCCGUGUUUGCUGCGCUUCCUGUCCUGUUACAUGCAGGAUGGAGGCAUACACCUGGUGACGGAGAGGGUGACGCCUCUGGGGCUGCUGCUGGGGAAUCUCACGCCCGAGGAGAUCUGCGCUGGCAUCUUCGAUCUGCUGCAGGCUCUCGUGUUCCUCCACGACAGGGGAAAAUCGAGCCACAACAACGUGUGCAUGUCGUCCGUAUUCGUCAGCGAUGACGGACACUGGAAGCUCGGCGGGAUGGAAACAGUCUGCAAAUUUUCUGAAGCGACGCCAGAGUUUCUCGCCAGCGUUCAGACGGCCAGAGAGAGCAGCGACGUGCCUCCGGAGGAGAAGCUUGCCGGAUUCAAGACGCUUCCCGAAAAACACGCCCACGCACGGGACGCCUUCUCUUUCGGUGUGCUGGUCGAGGCCCUCCUCCCCUUGCUGAGCAGUUACGUGUCAGAUGAACUGCUGGAGAGUCUGAGGAGCACGCUGCAGGUCAGCCUGUUAACCUCUGACCCCACGCUGCGGCCGGCCCUCAGUAGCCUACUGACCCACGAGUUCUUCAGCAGGAAUGACUUUCUGGACAUCAUGAACUUCCUAAAGAGCUUGACUUUAAAAUCGGAGGAUGAAAAGCACGAGUUCUUUAAAUUUCUCCUGGACCGCGUUCACAGCCUCCAUGAAGAACUAAUCGCUACUCGUUUGGCACCGAAACUUUUAAAUUCUUUGGUGUUUGCCGAACCCACUGCUGUGAAAAGCUUCCUGCCUCACCUGCUACAGCCCAAAAAGGAUUCAGCCGGACGCGUCGGGGAGCAGUGCCUGCUGUCCGUCCCGCUGUACCGGAGACACGUGGUGCCACAUCUUCUGAAGCUAUUUAAAGUGAAUGAGGAACACGUCCGCGUGGUGCUCCUCUCCCACAUCCACGUCUACGCCGAGUUUUUCUCACACGACGAGCUCAAGAACCAGAUCCUACCUCAGGUGUUGCUGGGAAUGAGAGACACAAACGACGCUCUGGUUGCCAUGACCCUGCAAAGCCUGGCGGUCCUGGUGCCCUUACUAGGGGCGCAGGUGGUGGUGGGAGGCGAGAGGACCAAAGUCUUUAAGCGCACCACCCCAAACUUCACCAAGUCCACUGAGGCUACGCCUGAAAACUCGCCGGUUCAUAUUGUUGAAGAGUCUUUGCCUCGGAGUUCGCAGCCAAGCAGAGUAACAAGUCUGUUGCCUAAGCACUUAGAAUGUGAAGAAGUCAUUCUGGAGAAGCUGAACUCUUUCCAAUCCGUCAAAAGAGAUGCUCACUUGCCCUCGACAUCAAAUCCAGUGCUACACGGAAAUAUGGCUCUUCCCUUAAAUGGCUUAAGCGAAGAGAAGAAGGUACAGAACGGCGUCAGAACAGAGGACCCAGACGAGGACUGGCCCGACUGGGAGGACGCGGGGGAGAAAUCUGGCAAAUACCAGCCUGUGCAAAUUAGCAUACAGUCUACAGACAGUGACUCAGAUUUCCCAGCAACUACUGCCCAUGAUGAAGGACCCUGGGAUGAUUUUGACGAUUCUGAGGUCAUCUCCAAGCACUCAAGUGCCACACCUCAGCCGGUCCCAGCGGCGAGGUCCUUAAACGACCGUAGUGCCGCACCGACUUCUGGCCCUGCGAGAGAGUCGAAAGCACUCAAACUGAGUACUGCUUCAGUAAAAACCGCAUCUGGCCCAAAGAACGUGUCUUCAGAUAAAGCCUGGGAGCAGAACGUCAUAGAUACCAGGCCUAGCGAACGAGGUGUCGCUCCAGAAGCCAAGCUAAAAAAUGGACCCAGGAGUGCAGGAUCUGGAGGCUUAGGAGAAGAGUUCACCAUCGAGGUGAAAAAGAAACCAGAUAAAGAUCCAGAGCUGGACCUUUUUGCUGACAUGGUACCUGAUAUAAAGAUGUCUUCAAGCAUGUUCUUACCCAUGGGGGGUUUAGUCAGCAAGCCUGAAGGACUUCGAGCUGCAGCAGGAUCUCACACUGAGCCAGACACUACACACUUAAACACAAUGGAACUGACCGCCAAGUUCGCUGCAGCCGAUCUGACCGAGGCUGAUGCAGAGGCCUGGGGUGACAGCGAUAUCAACUGGGAAGACGAGAACACGUGGUCAUGACCGCUGGACCUGUAAACGAGACUGUGCACAGGAAGACGGUCGAAGUGUUCAAACCGAGUCUGUGGCCAUCGCGACCAGCUGAAGUGCCCUUUUAACACUAGCGGAAGCGCAGAAGUGUAGCUUUAGUGCUACUCAUUUGGACAACGCUGCAUUUUCUUCCCCUGCUGCAUUUGUGGGGAUUCUAAAUACAUCACACUCAUUUUAAAAUGCGACGCUUUAUAGGGGGUUACCUUUUUGUUUAUUUUUUGCUGGCUCACUUAUUAACAUUGUACAAGAGGGCACUAAGCCAUAACGGAAGAUGUGAAAGCCAUUACCAGUGAUAUUUAUUGCAAUUGCAACAAAACCACUUGAUAUAAUUCUGAAGGGAUAACAAUCAACAGUCGGUGGCAGGAGAUUUGCAAUCAAGUGUGAUGUGAUGUUUGAGACUGGUCUCUCUUUUAAGCUGCACAAACAAUGAAACCGUGUCGAGUCCCACGCCUUCUCUUUCAUCUCACCACUAGGUUUUCUGGGAAAUGUGUGUAGCGCUUUGCCAAAACCUGACAGAAAUGUUUGGCUCUGGCAUUCGUUCUCAGAUUUUAUUUUUCCUUUGUGCCAACAUGAGAUCCGCUUAUAUGGAACAGCCAGUGUCAACUUCAUCCUAUAUGUAUAGUGUACUGUUUUAGGGGUGGGGUUUUGCUGGAAGAGAGAAUUAUAAUUUAUUUGUAUUUGUCAGAUGCUGAUUAAAUAAAUAAAAAAAGGUUUUAAGGUA